AUGGCUUCCAACGAUCCAACAACUGUAGACCGAAUCAGUGUGUUGCCAGAUUCUCUUCUCCAUCACAUUCUCUCUCUCAUGCCGAUAGAGGAGGCAUUCAUAACGCAUGCUUUCUCGAAAGGAUGGCGCUAUCUCUGGACUUCACUUUAUAAUUUCUAUUUCAAUUGUGAACUUUAUAAUGAAGAAUACGUGUCCUUUGUUGACUAUGUAUUAGCUCAUUCCGUUUCUCCUAAAAUAAAAGAAUUUGUGCUCCACUUCCAUGACCCGAAUGAAUACAAGUCCGCACUCAGCAGAUGGCUUAGUUUUGCUGUUGAAAAGAAAGUGGAAAAUGUUGUGCUUUGGUCAUACUCUGAGGAUGAUGCCUGUCCAUUGCCUGAAUUUUUCUAUACCUGUUGUCCUGCUUUAGAAACUAUGGAAUUUAACUCUUGUAAGCGUUUUACUCGCCUGGAAAUUAGGUCUUCAAAAUUAAAGACACUGAAAUUGAUAGAUUAUGGUGACAAUGGAAGAAGUCUUGAUGAUUUCAAGUGUAGGCUUGUAGAUGUGACCUCUGUGGUUAAUGCUAGGCUUACCUUCAACAUUACCUGUAUCAAAGACAUCCAGGACGAUCAUGGUGAAGAAGUUGAUGAUGAGGAAGAUAGUUGUGGGGACUAUCAUCAAGUUUUUAGUAUUCUCGUCCAAGAUUAUCUUCAAAAGUUGAGUUGUGCAACCGAUCUAACAAUUGCAAGUUGGUUCACAGAGGUCCUAUGCAUGUUGCAGUUCAAAGGUGUGCUGAUUCCAGAAUUGAAAUGCAAAUAUGUAACACUAGAGUUGCAGAUGGAAACGUUUAAUUUGUACAGAGCAGCUGACCUUUUGCAAGCCUCCCCUUAUGUUGAGACACUCAACAUAGACAUGCAUACUAUGUAUUUUUACAAGUCUCGGUGCCAAUUUGAAUCAAGAUAUUUGGCUAAAGGAGCUAAUAUUGAUUUGCAGAGUUGGGUUGCAUGCUUUGUAUUUCCCAACCUCAAGAAUGUUAGGAUUACUAAUUCCUUUGGGUGUUUGGCGGAUCAUUUCAAACAGGGCUAUGACAAGCUUUUCAAACUUUCAGAAUUUCUGUUAAAGAGAGCGACUGUUCUGGAGAAGUUCAUUAUCAUAUCAAAGACGAGAAGGAGCGAGAUUACCAAGGCUGCUGGUAGUUUUCUGCCUCAGGAUAUGAGGAACGUCGCCUUAUAUUGA